AUGGCGCCCACCACCCAUCUCGUCCCCCGGGACAGCCCGACCACCAAUUUCUCCCACGGCGACGGCGCCGUCAACCCAGCCAAACUCAACAACCAAAUCUUCCUCGGCCUCUUCGCCUCCCUCGGCGGGCUGAUGGUCCUCGCCUCCCUCUGGUUCUUCUUCUGGGCCAAGAACGGUGGCUUCCACUGGCAAGAAGACGACUGGGACGACUACAAAUCCACCGUCCUGCGCCGCAAAGGCCCGGACGGCAAGACCCUCUCCAACGCAACCAAGAGCACCAAGCUCGGUGGUAGCACCAUCGCAGGAACCCAACGCUACCCCUGGGAAGUCAAGAUGCAGGCGAAGAGCGUGGUGAGCUACGACGAGAAAGGUCGCAAAGGCAUCCUCGCCAAACGCGGCUGGGGCAAAACGCACAGCGUCUACUACUCCGACAACUUCACCGAGUCGAGAAGCGGCGGCACCGAGACCAUCAGCGACAUGACUGAGGUCCGCGACAACACCACCUGGAACCAAGAACAGCCCUCGCACCAUUCAAAACGCUACCGCGACCGCGACGUCCGCGAGUACAAGAAAGAGCGGCCCGCACGUGUGGGCGGCUUAAAUCGCGUGGCCGACGGCAGCGGCGUGAACAUGGGCGCCUCCACCGUAGCAGGCUCGGAUGUCUACUCCCAAGCCUCCUCCGACGUGCCCAUCCUGCCUCACCACCAGCACAAACCCCCGAAAUCCUCCACGCCCAAAAAUAACGACCGCGCCGCCGCCCGCGCCCGCGACGAAGCGGCGAAAAUGGAACGCCGCUGGAAGAAAGAGGCCGAAGAAGCCGCCGCCUCGCUCGCGCGCGAGUCCAUCCCCGCGCCUAAGAAAUCCGUCGCUCCCUCUUCCUCCAAACCCCCGUCCCCUCCCAAGCACCGCCAGGCUUCCCGGAGUUCAUCGCCGAAGAAGCGCGAUUUCAGCUAUGGGAAUGCGGGGCCGGGGAGCGAGGUGUUGAGUACGGCGUACACCGGGUCCAGCGGGCAGCGGUCGGGGAGUUAUUAUGAUGCUUACCGGCCGAAGGCGGAGGCGAGUCAGUCUGGGGGCAACGAGAGGGAGAGGAGGAGGGAGAGUUCGCCGAGGAAGAAGGCCGGGCCGCGGUCGGGGGGUUAUAGGAGGGGGGCGGAUAGUGAUUUGGAAUGA